AUGGCGGGACUGUCGCCAGUUGAUCCUGUCACCAUGGAGCACUCCUCCACCUCCAUGGUCAACAUUUCCCUUGUGGACGAUUACGAGGUGGAGGACCAGCAUUCCCUGCUGCCUCCCCCAAGGACACUUUCCCCUCGCCGGGCUUGCCCCCCGCAGUGCGGGAUGCGCCCGGCCGUCCGUAGAUGUGCGGAUCACACGGUGUGGCUGGACCGCACUCAGGCCAUGGCCACUAUGCCUUUGUACAAUGGCCACCUGUGCACCCGAGCCUCGCCUUGCUCGCCCAGGAGAGCCGAAAAAGUCAAAUGCAAGGAGAAAAAACGGCAAGUUUGUACAAAGAAGGAGCGGAAAGGAAAGAAUUCGUCGGCUUCCAGGCUCCAGGAGAAGAGCUGCGCUUUUAAUGACGUUGCCCCUUGCGGGUCACCUUUCAAAAGCUCCAGGAGGCCUACGGUUCAGAGUGUCCAUAGACCAGCUCACUUCCCCUUAGAGACCAGGCAGAGCCUGCCGGAAAUCAUUGUCACAAGCAGGGACGACGAGCCGCCCGAGGCCGGCAAAGGGAUUCCACGACCAACUCGGGAAAGGGACCUCCUCCCGGGGUCGGCAGGUCACUCCAGUCCCAAGCACAAGACGGAGGCCAAGGACGAUCACUACUGGAAGACGCACGGUAUCGGGUGGCGGCUGCUGCGCAGGAGGGCGCUCUUUGUGCGGAGGCAGAGGCUGAACGACUGUGCUCUCGCCGUGGGGAUUUUUGGCGUAGUCAUGAUGGUCAUGGAAACGGAACUCUCCUGGAGCGUCUACAGCAAGAGCUCCAUCUACUCCCUCACACUAAAAUCCAUCAUCAGCGUUUCCACCAUCCUCCUGCUGGGCCUCAUCGUAGCGUACCACUGCUGCGAGGUGCAGCUUUACGUCCACGACAGCAGCGCGGAAGACUGGCGCAUCGCCAUGACGACGGACCGCCUGGCCCUGAUCACCCUAGAGCUGGCGGUGGCUGCCAUCCAUCCGUACCCAGUGGGCCUGCAGGCCUACUUUGAGCGGCAGGUGGUGACCACGGCAGCGCUGUCAGAGACAGAGUUGGAGAUCGUGCUGGCGCUACCUAUGUUCCUUAGGCUCUACCUGCUGUGUCGCGCCAUGAUGCUGCAUAGCAGGCUCUUCACUGACACGGCGUCACGCAGUAUCGGGGCUCUGAAUAAGAUUCACUUUAAUGCCCGUUUUGUGGGCAAGACGCUGAUGACCACCUAUCCGGGGACGGUGUUGAUGAUUUUCAGUGUAUCCCUCUGGAUCGUGGCGGCGUGGGGGCUGCACGUGUGCGAGAGACAUCACAACUACAGGGACCUUAGCAGCAACUAUAUGGAAGCCCUGUGGAUGGUGUCGGUGACAUUCCUCUCAAUCGGCUACGGGGAUGUAGUGCCCCACACCUAUUGCGGACGCAGCAUAUGCCUCCUCACAGGGAUCAUGGGAGCUGGCUGCACUGUCCUAGUGGUGGCAGUGGUGGCCAGGAAGCUGGAGCUGACACGAGCUGAGAAGCACGUACACAACUUCAUGCUUGACUCACACAUUUCCAAAAGGAUGAAGAUCGCAGCCGCAAACGUGCUGAGGGAGACUUGGUUCAUCUACAAGCACACUAAGCUGUCCAGGGAGAAGGAUCACACCAUGGUUCGCAUGCAUCAGCGUAAACUGCUGCUUGCAAUCCACCAGCUUCGGCGCGUCAAGAUGGACAAGAGGAUCUUAGCCGACCAAGGUAGCACGCUGGUGGACCUCUGCAAGCUUCAAACCACACUGAGCGACGUGCUGUUGGAAGUGCAGGGAUGCCGGGCCGAGCUAGACACGCACGUCCACGACCUGGAAAAGCACGUGGAGGAGCUCCGCGAGGGGUUUCGCGGCCUCAUGCCGCUGCUGACAAACACUUUGUCCACGCAGAACUCCUCCAUACGCCACCUGCUGCGCGAGAGGGAAAAGAAAGGCGAUGCUGCUGGAGGGAGUUCGGACAGGUAG